AUGUUCCGAUCCAAAAUUCGUAUUCACACAUGCCAAGUUAUAUUAUUAACUUCUCUAGUAUGGUUUUUGGUCGAUGUGAUGAUACUCAUGUUUUAUUCAGAUUGCAUUGGUAAAUCUGGAUGGGGAUGUUCAGAUAAUAAAGUAAUAAGCACUGAAGAGAAUUUAGCUCUUUUGAAAAAUUCUGUAAUAAAUGAUAUUAAACCAACUAAUGAUUACAAUAAUAAAAAAUAUAAGCAAUCAGAAUUACAACUAUGGCGACCAGCAAAAGUAGUAAGAGAAAAUAAAGGAAGUCCUGGAGAGUUAGGAACAGCCGUUCGGAUGCCUCCAGGCAAUGAAGCAAAACAACAAGAACUAUUCAAAUUAAACCAAUUCAAUCUUGUGGCAACUGAUAUGAUUGCUUUAAAUCGGUCAUUGAAAGAUAUUAGAUUAGAAGGAUGUAAAACGAAAAAAUAUCCUAAAUAUCUACCCACUACAAGUAUUGUCAUUGUUUUUCAUAAUGAGGCUUGGAGCACAUUACUUCGAACAGUCUGGUCUGUUAUCAAUAGAUCACCUAGAGCAUUAUUAAAGGAGAUAAUUUUAGUUGAUGAUGCCAGCGAGCGUGAUCACUUAAAACAGAAUCUUGAAAAUUAUGUUAGUACCUUACCUGUUCCUACGUUCGUUUUACGUACAGGAAAACGCUCUGGAUUAAUUAGAGCUAGAUUACUAGGGGCUAAGCAUGUAAAAGGACAAGUAAUAACUUUUCUUGAUGCUCAUUGUGAAUGUACUGAAGGUUGGCUUGAACCUUUGUUAGCAAGAAUUGUAGAGAAUCGAUCAACUGUAGUUUGCCCAAUAAUAGAUGUUAUAAGUGAUGAUACAUUUGAAUAUAUCACCGCCAGCGACAUGACAUGGGGAGGUUUUAAUUGGAAACUCAAUUUUAGAUGGUACCGUGUAGCACAAAGAGAAAUGGAUAGACGUAAUGGAGAUCGAACUGCACCGUUACGAACCCCUACCAUGGCAGGUGGUCUAUUUUCCAUUGAUAAAGACUAUUUCUACGAAAUAGGAGCAUACGAUGAAGGAAUGGAUAUUUGGGGAGGUGAAAAUCUCGAAAUGAGUUUCAGAGUAUGGCAAUGUGGUGGUACUUUAGAAAUCAGCCCAUGUUCACACGUAGGUCAUGUUUUCCGUGACAAGAGUCCGUAUUCAUUCCCAGGUGGCCUCCGCAAGAUCAUACUUCGCAAUACUGGUAGGGUAGCUGAGGUCUGGUUGGAUGAGUGGAAAGAAUUUUACUAUUUGAUGAACCCAGGAAACAAACGCUUUUUCCAUUUCUUAUAUGCUUUCUUUUUUCAAUACAGUAUAUGGAUGUGUGGGGGGACAUUGGAAAUCGCAACAUGUUCGCAUGUUGGACACGUGUUCCGUAAGUCAACGCCAUAUACAUUCCCUGGUGGUACAAGCAAAAUAGUGAACCACAACAAUGCGCGGCUUGCUGAGGUCUGGUUGGACCAAUGGAAAUACUUCUAUUACAACAUUAAUCCAGGUGCAACAAGUGUCCCGGUUGGUGAUGUAUCUGAACGUGUACAAUUACGUGAAAAACUAAAGUGUAAAAGCUUCAGAUGGUACUUGGAGAAUGUUUAUCCCGAGUCUCCUAUGCCUUUGGAUUAUCAUUAUUUAGGUGACAUAACGAAUCUAGAAAUGCGCAACUGUUUAGAUACUAUGGACAGAAAAACCGGAGAGAAUGUUGGUUUAAGUUAUUGUCAUGGUCUUGGUGGUAAUCAGGUAUUUGCCUACACUAAGCGACAACAAAUAAUGUCAGAUGAUAUGUGCCUCGAUGCAGCAAGCCCUCAAGGCCCUGUUAAAAUAGUUCGUUGUCACGGGAUGGGAGGAAAUCAAGCGUGGUCUUACAAUGAAGAGGAUAAAAUGAUUAGACACACUAAUACAAGACAUUGUUUAUCCGCGCCUCAAAGUGGAGAUCUAACAACACCAAUUUUAAUUUCAUGUGACCCUCACAACCUCAGUCAAAAGUGGAUAAUGGCUAGUAAAUUUAAAUGGCAAGCUAGCUAA